GGGUUUCCACCUGCAGUGGUUGAUUCGUUUCGGUUUGAUUAUUGUAUUGCGAAACUCUUAGGUUUGAAAAGUUUUCUACCUAAAAUGGAUUUAUUGUGAAAAGUGUCUUAACGAACGAAAAAUGUACGGCAAACUGGCAGCCAUUUUUAUUGCUCUACUACUUACCUCGUCGAUGAUAACAUGCUUGAAAUCAGAGGAGUUUUGCCCGGAACAAUGUCACUGUGGCUACGAAAGUGUGGACUUCUUCGUGGACUGUUCCGGCUUAGGACUGUCUGAACUACCUCAUUUUCCACAAACUGACGUGCAAAUUCUCGACCUUUCUGAAAACAUGUUCACCUCCGUACCAGCCGAGUUAUCCCAAUUUUCGAAACUGCGUUACUUGGACCUAUCGUCAAACCUAAUUUCUGACCUUCCACCACACUCACUGGAAGGACUCAGCUCUCUCAAGCAGCUGAAUCUAGCCACGAACAAUAUCUCGAAUUGGGCUAACAUUUUCCCGAAUGAAUUACUGCGGAAAACAUUAUUCCUAGAGGAGUUGAGCCUGGCAGAGAACCCCUUUACAAGUUUUUCCAGUAACGAAGUCUCGUUAGUUCUGGUCAGUGCGUCAUUAAAAUAUCUGGAUUUGAGUAACUGCAAAAUAACGAAAAUAUCCGGAAAGGAGGUCAUUCAAGGAUUGGUAAAUUUGGAACACCUGAAGCUCACUGGUAAUCCAAUCCAUGGAAUUUCGGAUAUGACAUCCAGUAGUUUAAAGACGCUUGACUUGAGCAGCUGUAAGCUGAGUAGUCUUCAGCCUACGGCACUCAGUGGGUUGGAGUCCUUAGGUUAUAUAAAUUUAGCGAAAAACCACCGACUAUCGCUGUCGGCUCACGGAAAUGUUACUUCGCAAAGCUUGAAGCGGAUUAAUCUUUCGAACUGCAACAUGGAUUCGAUUGAUCUAGAGGGAUUCCCCAAUCUGAUGACUGCGAUAUUACGAGGGAACAUGAUUCGACAGCUAACAAGGGAUAGUUUCGCCUCGAAUCAGUUACUUGAGAACAUAGAUUUAUCGUACAAUGCCAUUAAUUCAGUUCAAAAUGACGCCUUCCGAGGACUAAAACAUUUGAAAAACUUGGAUCUUUCGUUCAACAUGAUCAAACAGAUGGAUGCAAAGAUCUUCAAGGACAACGAACUGUUGACUCAUAUCAACCUAAGCCGCAACUAUUUGUGGCGAUUACAGCGGCUCACCGCAUCGUCGCUGAUUCAUCUCAACGUGAGCUGGUGCGAGAUAUUGGCCAUCGAUGCGGAUGCUUUGGGAGCAAUGCCUUCAAUUGUAGAUCUGGAUCUAUCCGGAAACUUGCUGUUCGAAGUGCCCGACAGUACUGCGUCAGAUUCGCUGCAAUCGUUGGAUUUGAGUAUGUGUAGAAUUACAACGAUUAAGAACUCGACCUUCUCGGGACUACCGGCACUGUUGAGGCUGAACCUGUCCGGAAAUCGAUUCACGACACCGUUUCGGAUUGACUUUUUUGACGACAAUCCUUACCUGAGCGAAAUUUGGCUCGGCGAUAAUCCAUGGCGGUGUGAUUGUCGCAAUUCAGACUUCUUUCACUUCUAUGUGUUUCUAACUGAGCCGCCAAGAAGGGUCAGUGAUAGAAAACAACUUCGCUGUACCAGCCCGGAAGACUUCUACGGCGCAACCUGGGAAGCUGCGUGUCGUUCACUUUGGUAUCCUCAGGACGUCAUGGGAACUACUGAAAGAAUAUGGACCUACUUCAUGCUUGCGAUUCUCGCAUUUUUCGGAUUCUUCUGCAUUUACUCUCUGGUGAGAAGAUGUAUCGAUUCACGACGCAAAAUGGUAGCUGAACGUGAGCGCCAGGAAAAUAUACAGGAAAUGCGAGAGAUAGCCCGCGAAAAUCAGCUACGUAUGCGACAGGAAGCACAAUUAAAUGCACCGGAUAUACGGGAAUCACGACCUCCAGCAUACGAAGAUGCCAUUUUACUGCCAAAACUGGACGCUGCCUCCUUUGCAUCCUUAGAUGAACUUUUGCUGCGCGGUAAGCGCAAGAAAAAGCGACGACAGCGCCAAUCAAAUGACGAUGUAAACACAAAUACCAACGAAGAAGAGGACAAUGUUGAUCUUCGUCCAGGAAAUCGAUCCAGGAGCGAAAACGUUCUAUCCGUCAGAGGUACAGUUUACCAAGAGCCCACAGAUACUCUGAACAGAGAACAGCACUCUCCCAUUUACCAAAGACCAACGUCCAACAGGGUCGUUACAGCAACCGUAGUUGCCAACGUUCAUGCUUCGCCUUCCGAAUCGAGAGUUUCGCAUCAGGUACAGCAAUCGACAACUCCAGUAGAAGAGCUGCACUAUCAUUCCACCGAUAUUCUACAAGCUCUAAAUAGUACUAGCACAUCAAGUCCGGCAGCAUCUCGCUCCCUCGUCGUCUCCUCCCUUCAACCCCCGCAUAGUCCCGGACCUAGCCAGAGUGUCGAACAAAUCCACAACUUUGACGAAAGAAGCUACGAAAACAGUCCUUACGCACCGAGAAAAGUAAAACCCCUUCAACAUCUAAACCCAAACGGUAGCAUCGAAGAGAUCACCGAUUUCGAGGAUAAUGACUCCAGUCCCUACGCCAAACGUCGACUGAACCACAUGGCCAGCUUUAAGGGAGAUCGAGAGAAACCACCUCUACCGACGAGGCCUCCGCCUACCGUUCAGCAGAUGCUGCACGACAACGAUGACGAACUGGAGAUUCUGGUUGUGGAAGACUACUACACGAGGGAACAACCGAAGGGCGAUUUAGACGAGUACGCGUUGCUGACCGACGAGGAAGUUCGGAAGCCGGCAAGUUCCGACGGCAAAAAUGGAACCGAGUCAAGCGAUAGCAGCAGUAUUGAAGUUAUUCCAAUUAGUAAAGAAAAGUGAUACCCUAGUUUAUGGCAGUGUGUUGUAGCAAGAAUGAAUGAUUCAUAUCUGUAUUAUUAGCAU